AUGUUGUAUAUACCUAUCCUAAAGUGUUCCAUCUUGGCGGCAACGGUUGCAGACAAGCACGCCCCAAACAAGAAGAAUCGGUUUGUUGGAAUCUGUAUUGAGAGGAAUAACGAAGGUCUUUGGAGCAACUUUACCCUUCGCAAUGUCAUUGACCGGACGGCCGUGGAGGUGAAUUUCGAGCUCUAUAAUCCGACGCUCCUCUCAAUAGAGGUAUUACUGUUGGAGAAGCGCUUAGACCGAAAUCUCCUCUAUUUGCGCGAUGCGCCCCUGUCUGAGUCCUGUUUCCCUUUUGACCUCGCACCCGUGCCUCAUGAAAAGGACGCUCCAGUUCCAAUUAAUGACAAGAAGGUGAAAUUGCUUCCGCGACCAUGGCAUUUCCAGUGGCACCUGCACGGAUACCGAGGCAUCGAUCUUAAGUCCAUGUACAGCCAACUUACCCGUGAGGAGUUGAAUCAGAUCGAAAAGAAGGUUGACUUCAUUGACCGUUACGACCUGAUGAAAAUGUACAGAUCGAGGAACACACCGGCAGAGGAGAAUGCGGUGAUAGGUGAGGUAAGCCGCAAUCACACAGAGCUGCUUCGUCAUACAGACUUCCUAAAGGGCCACUGGCGCGACGGCUUCACCUCCGAUUCCCCCUCUGACCCCCCCUAA